GUUUCACAUACUUGCCAGGGGUACAGAUGACACCGGCAAGGCCGGCAGCCGUAGUCUUGGCCCUGGUCGCGGGCCGCGUCGCCAGCUUUGUCCACCCGCCAGUUUUUUCUUCGCCACGCGCGAUCGCCAGCUCAACACAUACACGAGCGGUGGAGCCGCAUGCACCAAAGGCCGCAACACUGCGUGCUGCUGCAAUGACAACAACGACCACCGCAAGCUGUCGAUGCAACACGGCAAGGAUGCUAAUGCGGAUGCGGGGUGCAACCCAGCAGUCCAGGUUGCUGCCCCAUCACCACCGGCCAGCGGCCUUCGGCAGGCAGACGGCUGCUGCACCCACAAACGCGGCGCAAUUGGUCACAGUUCGCACCCUGUCCACAACGCCGCGGACCAUGCCCAACACAGUGCUAGCGGCUGGGCAGCAGCAACAGCCGGCGGGAGGACGUCCCGCGGGGGGGUACCCACCGCCAGAGCACCUCCAUGGCAUCUUCGCCGUCUACAAGCCGAAGGGCUUUUCCUCGGCCGACGUAGUCCAGAAGAUCAAGAACAUCUUGACUAGAGGAGUACGAGAGGAAAUCCAGGCGCGAUCUAGCCUUGGAAAGGGGUGUCGUGGUUUCAGAGGAGGGGGAAGCAGGAGAAAAGAAGGCGGAGGCGUCGGCCGCAGCCGGGAAACCCAGCAGAAGGGUCGUCAAAGGAGGGGGAGGGAGAGGGCUCCGAGUCCGCGAAGAAGAAGAGCAGGAAGAGGCCUUCGCCGGCGGCAACCGGGGCCCAAGGUUAAGGUUGGGCACGGCGGUACCCUGGACCCCAUGGCCACGGGGGUGCUGGUGAUAGGCGUGGGAAAAGGAUGCCGCGAGCUGAGCUACUUUCUUCAGAGCCAUGUGGUUGCCGAAAAUGCUUACUUCCAUUAG